AUGGUCUUUGUCCCGGCCGCCGGCUGGGCCGUUGUGCUCUCAGUCCUCCUGCCAGCCUCGGACGCAGUUCCCGUCAGCUGCGUGACUCGCGACCAGCCCAAUGCCAUUGCUGAGCUCUACCCAGGCAGUGCGACCGGCAUCCUGAAUGCUACCAUUGCGGUUCUACCCAUAGCUCUCGAGCUUGCUCGUCAGGUAGUGCCGGCGCAAUACAAUAUCCUCGAACAUGCCUACAGGGACCUGCUGCCUUCGUUUCCCCAGGGCAUGUAUCCCCUCGUCGUCCAAGGAGCCCACGACCACGAUAUCCAACUCAAGGCUUACAACCUCACCAUCCCUGACUUUUCGCGAGUCGGCUUCGAGUUUCCAUUUCUCGACCUCCUCGGCGAUGGCUACACGUCCUUCAGCUGGCACCCAGCACAGCUCAUCUCGGCCCAGAACGCAGGUGCCAUCCAAGGAUCUGAGGCCUACGGCACCCUCGUAACGCCCGCAACCUUUGAGCCUUCGUGUGAUGCCUACACUCCCGGCGGCACCAGCACCGUCUUCCGCGCCGUCGGUACCGCCUCUGCCUCCAACUCGUCGUCGGCCUGUCAGAAGCACUACUUUGCCGACCUCGAUUUUGCUGUCGCCACGUGGCCGGCGUACCCUCUCGACUUCUUCAAGAACGUGACCAACCAGCCGUCCUUUGCCAACGGCACCCAGUGCGACCAGCAAAUUCGGUUGUUCGGCACGGACCUCGCAAAAGCGCCUUAUGAGCCGCGAUUCGUUGAGGGUCGGGUCGUCGCAAGCAUGUUGCCCUUCGGGGAGAGACGGGAAUGGGCUGUCGGUGUUUACGGACUGCAGAUCGCGACGCCAUUUGUCGAGAACAACUACCUCGUAUGCCAGUCACUCCAGGGCUACGCCGGGGUAGACAUUCCGGGAAUUUGA